AUGAUCACUUCAAGUGAUGGUUCAAUGGAGUUGAUAAUUACUAAACCACUUUUUCUUCCAUCUGUAUUAAAAUCACAUCAUUAUUAUCAUCAUGAAUUAUCACAUUAUUCAACAAAAGAACCUGAACGUAAUAGUCCGGAAAAUGAAACAAAUGAAGUCAAAUUAAGAAUUCAUCGUAAUAAACCAAUUAAUAGGCAUCAUGAACAAUAUCGACUAACUACGUCAACAACACCGGUAACAGUGUCAACUACUACGACUGGUUCAUUGACUAUUGAUGAAAAUUUUUCUGCUAUGACUAUUGAUAAAACAACUAAUUGUGUAUCACCAAUCUGUGAUGAUCAAAUGGAACAUUUUCCUUUACUUAUUCCAUCUGAUAAUAAUCGUAAUUCAAGAAAAUCAUCAUCAUCAUCAUAUCAAGCAACACUUCUUGCACGUCGUCAUUUUCAUAUCUAUGAUUGGACACGUCUUUCAUUUUAUGAUAAUGUUCCAGCACCACUUGGAUAUUUAAGUGAACCAUUAAUUGUUGAAGAUCGUUCACCAACAUCAGCUUCAUCUAAUGAUGAUAAACGUUCAUCAACAGAUCGACAAGAUUCAGGUCUUGGUGCUAGUAGUGUUGAAAGACAAAUUGAUUCUACUGUAUUAAUUAAGAAUAUAAAUCGAUCAAUAUCAUCAUCAUCAUCAUCUUCUUCAUUAGCUAGUAAUAUAACAAAUACAUCAUCACGUCUACCGACUAGUCGUAAAAUACGUGUUAAAUGGCAUUCAUUUACAAAGACACAUCGUCCAAGUUUUAAUUCAUCAAAAUAUCAUUUAGGACAAAUGUCUGUUGGUCAAUUAUUAGCAUUACGUCGUGCAGCUUUAAUACGUAUAGAAGAAUUAUUUGAUACAACACGAAUAUUAUUACCUAUAAAUAAACCAACAUUAGUUAAUAGAACAGUUGUAUCAAGACAACGUUUACUUGCUACUGCCUUUAGUGCUGUACCAAAAUUAAUUAUCCGACGACAUCAACAACGAAAGGAUAUUCAUCAGGAAAUGAAAAAAGUAAUAUUUGGUAUUUCUUUUCUAUCCAUGACGCAACGUACUGGACAUCCAGUGCCAACAACGAUUCUUUCUGCAAUGAAAUAUUUAAGACGUACAUCUAUUGAUAGUGUAGGAAUCUUUCGCAAGCCCGGUGUAUCUCAUCGUAUAAAACGUCUUCAUGAUUUAAUGGAAUCUGAUAUUGAAUUUCAUCAUUUUGAUGAAUUUAGUCCAUAUGAUGUUUCAGACGUUUUAAAACAAUAUUUUCGUUUACUACCUGAAUGUCUUUUUACAAACAAAUUAUCUCCAUUAUUUCUUCAUAUAAGUGAAUAUUUUUCUUCCACCGAUAAAACACGUUUGAAAAUAAUUAACGAACGUCGUUUACUUGCAUUACAAUAUGCUAUACUUCUUUUACCAGAUGAAAAUCGUCUUGUUUUACAUUUACUUUUAUCAUUUUUAAAUGAUGUUUCAAAACAUUCAAAAACUAAUCAAAUGAGUUCAGUUAAUCUUGCUACAUGUUUUACUCCAACAUUAUUUUCCUUUCCGAAUUAUAAUAAAAGUUCAUCAAGUGGUAUGCCUGAUUUUAAAGAAAUUGAAGAUCAACGUAAAGCAAUGGAUAUUCUUGCAUUUAUGAUUGAUCAUGUCCGAUUAUUGUUUAUUGUUCCAUUGGAAUUACAUCAAGCAUGUCAUUUUUCUUAUAUUGAAAUUGGUGAACCAUGUACACUUGAAGAAUUAUCACGUCGUGUUUCUGAAACAACAAUAACAAGUCCUAUUUUAAAUAAAUCACGUCCACAUUCAUCAAAUAAACAUGCAGCACAACAACGUGCGAAAGAAAUAGGUAAAAUCUUAGCAUCAGAUACAAUUGGAUCAUCAUCAUCCUGUGAUAAUAUACUUCAUAAUAUGAAUAAUAACAAUAAUAAUAAUUAUUUUAAAACAAUCAAAACAAAAGCAAAUACAUCCUAUCAAGGUUUUAUUGAUCGUUGUAUAGUUGAAGUUAUACGUGAAGCACAUUGUACAAAAUUCAAAGGAUGGACAUCAUUUGGAAAAAAUAAUGAAAUUGAAUUAGCAUUUAAAAAAUUAGAUGAUGGACAUCCACUUGGUCUAUGGAAAUGUUCAGUAGAAAUUGAAGCACCACCCAUUGAAAUUCUUAAUCGACUUUUAAAUGAAAGACAUUUAUGGGAUGAUGAUUUUCAAUCUGGAACUAUUAUUGAAAAAUUAAAUCGUAAUACUCAUGUAUAUCAAUAUACAAUUAAUUCAAUGGCUCCUUUAGCAUCUCGAUAUUUUUGUGAAGUACGUAGUUGGAGAACAAAUAUUCAAUUAAAUUCCAAUGGUAGUUAUCAAAAUAAUGUAUCAUCAACAAAUCUUCCGGUUGGCUCGUCAUUAUCAGCAUCUUCAAGUGCUAUUGCAUCGUUUAUAUCUACACAAAAUAAUCACCAAAAAGAAACUUGUGUUCUUGUUUGUACAUCUAUUGAACAUUCAAAAGCACAUUGUCCACCUACGCUUGUUCGUGCAGUGACAUUAGCAUCACGAUAUUUAAUACAAUCAUAUGGAUGUGGAAAAUCUAAAGUUAUACAUUUAAGUCGUGUUGAUUUAAUGGGACGUUCACAUGAAUGGUAUACAAAAGCUUAUGGUCCAAUGUUAACUCGAUCAAUGUUAAAACUUCGAAAUUCAUUUGUGCAUAUGAAUACAGGACCCGAAACAAAAGUCUGA